CCAGGGUUGAAAGCAGCAAUUUUGAGAAGAUUAUAACUCAAGUCUGGAAGCUCCUUUUCUUUUAUUUGUAGAUCUCCUUGUUGACAUAUAGAGAUAUAUGAAAACAUAGUUGGUCAAAGCAUGCAAAAGCCAAAAACCUGCCAAGGAAACCAAAAAAAAAAAAAAAAUAGAAGAAUAUAACCAUCGUUACAAGUCAUACAGUGUUUCUGUAAAUAUAGACAAAAGCAAUGUCAUUUUCUUGAAACUAAACCACUUUAAAACUUGGUUGCCAACAAGCUGUGUUCUCCAAGUAUAUCAUACUUGUGAAGCCUGCAAACUUGGGCAAAGGAGAAACAAUUACAACAAAUACAAUGGCCAACUCCUUUUCUCAUUUUCUGGUCUUUUACUUGUUCACCAUAGCUCUGAUAAUCUCCUACUCCACUGUCACUGCCACCAUCAACCACAGGUUGAGCUGGGUGCCUAUGCCAACAAGUCGAUGCCAAGGCUCCAUUGCAGAGUGCAUGACCGAGAAUGAAUUGGACAUGGACUCUGAAUCCAAUCGUCGUAUCUUGGCAACCUCGAAGUACAUAAGCUAUGGUGCACUGCAGAGGAACACUGUGCCUUGCUCUCGAAAGGGUGCUUCCUACUACAAUUGUAAGCCAGGUGCUGAGGCUAACCCUUACAGCCGCGGUUGCAGUGCCAUUACUCGUUGCCGCAGUUAAAAAAAAAUGCUCAAAUGUUGCUUUUGUUUCUACUUGGUUUGCUUUGUUUCUUUGUUUUUCUUUCUCUUAUUUGUAAUAUAACAAGUAGCAAUAAGGAUGAGCAUUGAGCCAGCAGUUUAGCUUCUGUGUCUGUAGUAAGUAUCAUGGAAUGAUUUACCUGCUCAUAUCUUGCUUGCUCAACUUCCUUCUUCCAUUGUUAUAUAUUAUAGAAUUCUUCUACGUAUGGAGGAAGAAUUCAAGAUUUCCAACUUCCUAUCUAGGAAGGAAAUGCAUGUUCCUUGCGUUGUUUCUGGUUUUUAUAUUUAUUUUUAUACUUCUUUAUA